CAAUUUCAUUAGUAAUAAAUAUAUGUACGGUAUGCUUAAAAUACUAAUAAUUAAAUAUUCGUAUUUGAAAAGAGACUAAGGAGGUAAAAUAAUGUGGCUUCAAUUUAUUAUUUUAUCCAUCUUAUACGCGGUAGAGCUGUUUGCAUCUAAAAAUGUCAAAUUAGAAGCAGACAUACAUAUGGACCCCACGUUCAUUGAAUUCAUAAAACAAGGCCUUGAUGAAGAGCUGGAAUUAGGAUAUUUUAGAAGUCAAUCGGACGGCGAUGCUCCUAUAAUGGAGAUAGUUAAGGAUAAUGCUUUACAUGAGCUAUUAAAGGAAAACUUGCCUGAGAUAACGUCUGGGGGUGAUUCAAUAUUAGCGCGUAUACACCAAUUCGAAGAAAGAUCACAGCAGAAAGGAAUCGAUAGUAUCCAAGCUGUUGCUGACCAUGUGCAAAAAAAACUUAACUUAGUAGAAGCUGAUUUGAUUCCUAUAGUAAAAAGAACAAAAUCCGAUUAUAUUACCAUGUUAAAGAAAUACUUUUCAGACCUUGCCAGGGAAAAACCUACUUUUGAGGUAGAUAAAGAAUAUAUAAUUUUAGACAUGGUCAAUGUUGUUUGUAUGAUUCGAGUCAAAAUUGAGAAAAAACUCUUAAAGAAAAUUCUUACUUUGGCUAAAGAUACACAAGAUGAAGAAAAAGAAAUACUGAUUGACACGAUUAGAAUAUUUAAUGAAAAUGAUAAACGACACGAAAUCAAUUUCAUGUGUUCGAAUUAUAAAAUUUGCAGGACAAAUCCUGCAUUUUCAGACUACCUGUUCAGAUUGUUAGACGAAGUUUUGAAACUGGACAACAGAAAAUUUCAAUAUUGUCUUCAUAAAAUUUCACGAUUAUUACUUACUAAGAGAUCAUUCUUUGAAACGGUGUUAAGGGAUAAAAUAAUUGCUUUUUUGGAAACAAAAUUGAAUAAUAUGGCAUCAGCAAAUAUAAAUGAAAUGAGAAAAGUCGUAUCAUUUUUACAUUCUAUUGUAAUUCGACGGUACAAAAUUAAUCGUACAAAUGAGAAAAAAAUGCAAGACAAGGCGAAAUCUGCGUAUAUAAUUCUAGACAUCGUGGAUACUGCAUUUGGAAUAGAUGGCAAUGAUAUAUAUGGCACUCACAUGGAGAAAUGGAUUUCAUUACUCAGAGAAUGGUCGACCAAUAUGAGCAAUGAUAUUAUAGAGACAGCAUUACAAGAUUUAAUACAAUAUAUUGUUGAAGCCAUGGCUUAUAAUUUUUCAAAACGUGCUAAAGAAGAAAUAAUGGCAUUGGCAGAUAUAAUAUUCUAUGAAAAAGUUGAAAAACAAAAUGGAAUGGAAUAUUUGUUGACUGAAGGCUCAAAGUUUGUCAAAGGAUUGCUUCAUCGUCGUGAGCCGAAAAAACUUUGGUAAAACCAACGUUCCUAUGUGUGGAUUCUUUUUAAAUUCUUCAAAUAUGUUUAAUGUACUUUUCGUCUGUGCGAUAGAUUUAACAGUAAAUACCCGCACAAUGUGGCUACUGUUUUGAAAGUAACUGUGAGGUCUAAAAAGUUAUGAAAAGUGUACGUUCGAUUUUGAUGAGAAAAAUUGGGUAUUGCGUGUUUGCUUGUUUCGCACAUAAUAAAAUAAAUAAAUUGUCUUUAAUUUCGA